UCAAAAAGUGUUGGUCUGUGGCGACGGUGGUUAAUUAGUCUUUAGCCACCCUUUCUCUUUCCCUUUCCCUUUCCCCCCCUCUCUCAGGAUUUCUAUAUAUUCUCCCCUAAACUCUCCUAAUCUCUCACUCCUAUCCUCCUUUCUGUUCCUUCAUUCCUUACAUCUUUCCUUCUGGAAUGGCUUCUGUCCUUGUCUUUUUGGCAGCUUUCUAUGCCGUAGUGUCCUCUGUUGAUGCCUAUGCAGGUGGAGGCUGGACUAGUGCUCAUGCCACCUUCUAUGGUGGGAGUGAUGCUUCUGGGACGAUGGGUGGGGCUUGUGGGUAUGGCAACUUAUACAGCCAAGGCUAUGGGACAAACACUGCUGCUCUGAGUACGGCUCUGUUCAACAAUGGCUUGAGCUGUGGGUCUUGCUAUGAGAUUAGGUGUGCCAGUGACCCUAAAUGGUGCUUGCCAGGCUCCAUUGUGGUAACAGCCACCAAUUUCUGUCCUCCAAACAAUGCCCUACCCAACAACGCUGGAGGCUGGUGCAACCCUCCUCUACAACACUUUGAUCUCUCUCAGCCUGUAUUCCAACACAUUGCUCAGUAUAAAGCAGGAAUUGUGCCUGUUGCUUACAGAAGGGUACCCUGCAGGAGAAGGGGAGGUAUAAGAUUCACCAUCAAUGGGCACUCCUACUUCAACCUGGUUCUCAUCACAAACGUGGGUGGUGCUGGUGAUGUACACGCAGUUUCCAUCAAAGGAUCAAGAACUGGUUGGCAAGCAAUGUCUAGGAACUGGGGACAGAACUGGCAGAGCAACAGUUACCUCAAUGGCCAAAGCCUGUCGUUCAAGGUCACCACCAGCGACGGCCGCACAGUCAUCGCUAACAACGCUGUCCCAGCCGGCUGGUCCUUUGGACAGACAUACAGUGGUGCCCAAUUCUAAUUUAUUACCUCCUCUAGCUAAAAUAAGCUUCUAUGGUUAUGCAGAAUUUAGUGUGAUUUUUUCUUUUUGUUUACUUAAAGUAUACUAGAGUAUUAGAUAAUAGUAUACUCUAUGCGAGCGUUUGGGUCAAAAAAUGAGGAAGGGGCUUGUUUUGGGAAGCUCUUUCUUAUCAAUUUUUGAUUCAAAUUGCGACAUUGAAUGAGUGGCUUAAUGGCUACUUAUUGUGAUUUUUUACCCUAACUUUUGCUAUAAAGCAAGAGUUGGCAGAGGUGGGCUCUAACCACCCGCCUGCAUUUUAGGUACACUAUUGUGAGUUCAUCAUGGUUGUAUUUGAUGUAUUAUUGGUCGCUGAAAGUGUAAAUUUUCAGUUUCCUCAAGUAAUGAAAAACGCAGACUUUUAUUUAA